AUGUUCUCUGCAACAAGACGAGCAAAAUUGUUUGUAAAAACGGUUUUAGAAUCGCCAAAAUGGCUCAAUAUUCUCACUAGACAACAAUCGAGCUGGAUGGAAAACUUAAAGUCGAUAAUCGUUGGGUCUAAUGUUCCAAAAGUCCGACAGAUUGGCGACCCAGUACUGCGAGAAGUUGCCCAACCUGUUGACCCCAUGACCAUACACACUGCCGAGUUUAAAAAACUUCUUGAAGUUAUGAUUAAAACCAUGAGAGAACAUCAAGCAGUGGGCAUUGCAGCACCACAAAUUGGUGUCGGGUUACAGGUUUUUGCUAUGGAACAUACACGAGAACAUAUGAACAGACUUAAAGAAAUGGGUUUCACGUUGGAAGACCUCAGACAAAAACAGAUGGAUAUAGUACCAUUAAAAAUUUUCGUAAACCCCGAAUUGAAAAUUACCAAUUCCAAAAUGGUCGCAUUCAGAGAGGGGUGCCUCAGUCUCGAGGGGUUCUCGGGCAUGGUGCCCCGCGCACUUGAGGUCGAGGUGCGGGGGUUGAACGAGAAUGGAGAGGUUGUGACGUGGAACGCUUCUGGCUGGCCAGCUCGUAUUGUACAACAUGAAGUAGAUCACUUGCGGGGAAAUAUUUAUAUAGAUUCUAUGACUUAUAAAUCAUUUAUGAAUAAUAAGUGGAAUGAUUUUGUCGAGUAA